AUGCAUAUGUUAGAAACUAAAUGUACCAAGGUAUAUUCUUUCAUUUUAUGGGGAGAGAAACAAACGUGGAUCCUCAAUUUGCUCAUUCAAUUAACACUGCUUGCAUUAACAAUUUAAUAACUUUUAAUAGAAAUAAUUAAACACAUUGAUAACCGUAGCGUCGAAUGAUAUAGCAAUUCCAUUUAAAAAUUAUCUUACACGAAGAUAUUCCUUUCUUCAACCCUGAACCAACCACAUUUAAACAAUAACUUUAAAAAAAAAAUCGUCAUGCGCGAAUAGAUGUGUCCGUUUCAAUUGAAACUUCAUGAAAGUCAGGCAAAAUUACUUGAAACAAGAAUGUACAAGGAUGUAUGUUGUUCAUCACUGAUGUCACGCUAUCCCGCUAGCUAUAGUUGUCGAUCAUAAACGUGACUCUCGUGUGACUUGACUCUUCACGUCAUCAUACAUACACUCAGUUGUACACUGCAUCAUACACACACAUACACACAUAGUUUGCAUAGUUCUUAUUUUCUGGUUUUUUUGCCUUAGUCGAGGACCAUCGAUCCCCUCACAGCUCGUUUCUGCAUGAAAGGAAUGAAUCUCCGGCUCUCUAAUUCUCCACGUAGGAGUCACGUGUGCAACAUAGACGUCCGAUCUUUCGAACUGAAAGAAAUCUUUCUUAUUCUCUGCGAGGCUCUCAUCCGAUUCUGGUUUCACGGUUUCGGCCUCCUCCGGUGCAGAUCACGUCUUUGUUCACUCGUAGACUCGUUCGUUAUAGUCUUAUUGAUCGUCGCCCCGUUCGGGCUCGAGGUGGCCGGUAUCUUUCAUUUGAACUCUCCUCUAUUUUAGAAGGGUAUCGUGAAGAAGACGGUUGGACAGAUACACGUUCAGGUUUUGUACCACACGACUCAGAGACGGCUGAUGAUUUCCGUUUUCAGCGCCUACGGUUUGUGCUCGAGGGAUUACGGUGUUAUACCGGAAGUUUAUGCGAAAUUCGUCAUAUUCCCAAUUUGGUCUGAUCAAGUCGUUAUGAAAACCGCGAUCGCGGCGCCAGGUGAUGACCCAGUUUGGAACACAACAUUAAUUUUCACCAGAAUUAAAGAAAUCGAUUUAAUAGAUGAUAUAAUCGAAGUGACUAUCUGGGAUUACUACCAUCACGGCGAUAAUAUUUUACUCGGCGAAUGCGCUAGCGCAAAGGACCCUGUGCGCAAGAAGCGGAGAUGUUGGCUUGCAUCCGGGAAAUGUUAGAAGAAGCCAAUUCCGAGAGCCGGAACCCGACUUGUACUUUGACCAAGAUUACAACAGAUCUUUUCCCGGCAGCACAAGAAGCAGUGGCCACAGCCGAUGCAGCACCAAGAGCGGAAGUACGUGUCGACGCGUCGAACGUGAUGCACCACAGGCCAGCGCGUCGAAUAUGACGCACGAUCAACGGCGAAGCCCGGUCGUCAGGCCGAUAAGGAAUCCUGCGGAAGGUCUGCGAUCAUCGUUAAAAACGACGAAGAAGGAGUCUGACAGGAAUCUCUCAGGAGACAAGAGCCGCGAUGGUCAAUGUGGUGAGAUAAAAAUAGGCUUCUACCUAAACGGGACAAUGCUCGAAAUCGAGAUCAUACGCGCUAGAGACAUUUGUCCAGGCGAGGUAAAUGAUCCAGACACCUACGUGAAAAUAUAUUUGCGAGACAGUCAUAAAUGGUUACAAAAGCGUAAAACAAGCGUAAUACGGCACUCGAAGAAUCCUCAAUUUCGCCAGACUAUCAGAUACCGCAGCUGCGAUGUCUUCGAGAGGAAUCUGCUGAUUAUGCUAUGGGAGAAGAAGGGAUUCGAUAGUAAUGAAGGCUUAGGCGUGGCCGAAGUGAACAUCGAUAAUCUUUCGUUGACUCAGCUGACCAUCGAUUGGUAUACCUUGUUCCCGAUUCGCACGGUCGGCAACCCCCCCGCGAAAUGAUGGAUGAAAAAUGUACGAAAAUGGAUUGUCGAGGUCGGUGAAUUAAACAAACCACAGCCUUCUCGAGAAAAAAAACAGCCAACCAAAUUCUCUUAAUGGAUAUGUCUUGAACGCUUGGCUCCCUUCUCUCUAACCAGCUUUGUUCCCCCUCUGUCUUUCUCUAUGAGCAUAUGAUCAUAAUUCGUUCGGAUAUAUUUAAUUACAACUGGCUUUUGAAUUUCACUUAAACUUGUAUUUCUAUAGCAAGUUAGAUAUAGUCCCGGUAUACCUAUCAAUGAAGAAUUUGAAAUCCAUCUCAUCUGGAAUCGAGUUAUUUUAUAAAAAUUAAUGUAAACUCCCGCGUAUCUGUGGAAACAUUUAAGAAUGCAGAAUCGCAAGAAAUGCAAAAAUAUAUCGAGAUACUUGCAAUAUUUUAAUAAAUUUCUGCUUAGACUCCGUUCCUUUUCCGUAUUCGAGAAAAAUAUGAAAUUGCACAGAGAUCUGCAAUGUAAUGAGCACUCAAGGCUAUCUCUACAGGUAAUCGCGUAACGCCAUUACUGCUGUAUGCCUCCAUUAUUGCUGUAUUUUAACUAUUAACAAACAAACAAACAAACAAAAGAGAAGAAACUUCGACCAUCGAGAUUGCAUUGCAUCGUAAAUUGACCGAUGCGUAUAAAAUGCUACAUUUCCAUUUACGUUGCUGUAACCUCGCGAUAUUCAGUUGAAAGACAAUCACAUCCAACGAUCGAUGAUUUAUCAUCGUGACCAAUAGAAAACGCAGUUAUUCCUUUUUCUUUUUUUUUCAACGAAUUAUUAUAAAAAGGGAGGAAGGGAGUUGGAGAACGAAGGUGUCACGUCGAACAAAAAGGACACGAUCGCGAGGGCCAUUGCAUUCUCUGCAAUUUUCCUCUGUGUACCUGUUAGUAUAUGUACUAGUGUAUCUGUUAGUAUAUGUCAAACAUCUUGUGGAGAUAUUUCGUAUCCGGAUUAACCGAACGAUAAUAUCGACCUUCUUAGAAAAUCUUCGUUGAAAAUUGACAGUACUUGCAGUGACCCUCGUGCCCAGUUUACUCUGUCGAACGUACGUUUCGUUUUUUCGCUCUUAGAGAAUCGUGAAAAUGUGUGCCAUCGAGGGGAAUAUUUGAAAACCAAGAUUUUUCGUCGGAUCUUUUCUCAAAUGAAUCACGACGACCGGUUGAGAAACCGAAUGUGAGGGAAAAGCGAAAGAAUCGAAAGUCGCGAGACAGAGUACGGACGAAAAUUAAAGUCCGACGAGAUAUUGCGCUUACCCCGCCCAAGAUUAGAAUUAGCAGAAAAAACAAAAUACAAAUCAUUCAAUACGUAUUUAUCGUCACGCGCGUGACAAAAGUGUCAGAACGUCGCGUGCGCAAUACGAUAAUUUUAUGGAGUUAAAUGUUAUAAUAACACGAAGUAAUGAAAUACCUAAAUGUUUAUUGGUGGUACAUAUAAAUCAAUGUUGUAUUUCGUUGUCAAAUCUUAACUACGAACGGAUAUAGCCUUUAUCGUAAUGAAUUUUCUAAAGAAAAAGAAAACAAAAAGCCUCGUCGAAUUACAAUGGCCGAACGUUCGAUUUAUUCGUUCGCUCGCGUUCCUCUAUUUUUCUUCUUUUCUCGAGUCAACGACAUGUUCUCUGCGUUUUUUUUUUUUCAAGCGCCGAGUAGUGACUCGGCGAUUGACUUUCGCGGGAAAUUACUAUGAUUCGGAACUGAAACUUCGCAGAGUAAUAAGUGACAAAGGUACGGACCAUUCGAACAAUUUCGCAUACGAUAAAGGUUAAGAUCCGUCCGAGAAAGACCCAAGUAUUACAAGUGUUACUAUUAUCUCGAACGAUGAUCCUCUCCCAGCAACAAACGUAGAAUUAUUCAACGUUUCGAAAGGGUUGGAAAAGAAAGGAAGUAAUUAUUAUCCGUGUUAGCGUAAAGCUCUGUCUUAAGGACACUCUAAAUGUAACCCUGUCUUGUAUCUCAUUCCCAUCGAUCACUUCUGAAUCGCUUCUGAAACGCUUGAAACGCCUGAAAGAGAUAUCUUUAUUUGCUGUUACCGGGUUCAUUCAAUUACGAUUCAAUUCGAGAACUCGGUUUCUAAAAAACGCUGUUCCAGCGACUUGUCGUUACAUAUGUUUUUGGUAUAAAACACUCAGCUUUCUUCUUUCCCAUUGAAUUCUUUCGAAAGCGGAGGAGAGGCAACGAUUCUUGAUGGCCUAUGUUAUCGUAGAACGUAGAGAACAAGAGAAAGGCGAGUCAUUUGCCUGGCCAAGGAAAUCAUUUUAACACUAAAACUACCGACGUGAAAAGUGUGAAGAGCUUGCGUGCCAAAGAAGUUAAAGUAAAAAUAAAUAAUACAAGCUUUCAUUUACGCAUUUCGCCGAACGAAAAACCAUGUUUUCAUUUAAAAAAAAAAAAAAAA